UCAUCCUCAAAGAAGCCCUGAGGCCCUGAUCAGCAACCAUCUUCCCUCACUUUUCGAAAGACCCUCGCUUCUGUUGAACUACUCCUUAGCGGGCACAAGAUGUCACCGGUGGUGGAAGAUGUACGGGGCAAACGCAUUCGCGUCUUCCGGAAUGGAGACAUGUACGAUGCCGGCAAGCGUCUUGUCAUCAAUCCGAGAGUGUAUCGUAACUACGAGCAGUUCCUCUCCCGCAUCACAGCAGAAAUCAACCUCGUAACAGGCGCCGCCCGCCGCGUCUACACCCUCGACGGCCAACCCCUCCACACCCUCGACGACAUCAAAGACGGGUCCAUCUACGUCGCCACCUCCGGCGAGCACCUCAAACGCAUCCCUUACCUCAUCACCACCGACCCAACCCUCGCCGCCAUCUCCUCCAGCAACAUACGCGGCGGCCCUGGGCGUGCGAGUGGAGUUGGGGUGCGUGAUCGAGGGUUGAGCGUUGCGGCGUCGGAUGUGGAUGAGGAUGAACGCGCGGCGACGGAGGCGGCGCAGAGACCGGCGUACCUCCGUGCGUCGUAUUCGAGGAAGAGGCCGUCGGCAUGGGGUGCCGGGGCGGUGAAUCAGCGGUUUGGGACGAGUCGGGUUGUGAAGGCGGCGGAUGAGGGGAAGCAGGCGGAGAAGGAGAGGCCGUUGUUUGGCCCUACGAGCAAGGCAUAUAGAGUAACAGUCUUCGUCAACGGCGAAGCAACAACCCCCGGCACCAGCCUCGUCCUGAACUACCGCAACUGCAAAACAUACGAGCAGCUCCUCCGCAACCUCACCGACAACCUCCAAAUCAGCGUCCGCAAGCUCUACGACGCCGAAACGGGCCACCGCAUCAGCAGCCUGCGCCAGCUGCACGAGCACCAGAACAUUGUCGCGUCCGUUUCGGACGGGUUCAAGCCCGUUGCGUAUUUGAUUGAGCAUUUCAAUCGGGGGAAGGAUCCGAGGGGAGAGGAUGAGGUUCGUAGUUGAACUUGAUGGGGCAUUUGUGGGUCGACAUUGUGGGACUUAUAUAUU